UAGUUAGUGCGAAAUUAGUUUAAUCGUAUACAAAGCCUUUAUUGUAUAUAAAAUCUUCAAUUUUCAAUUUCUUGUUAGCCUAAGCCAUAUUAUAAGGCAAACGCCAUAAUGAGUGAACCACCUACCCCAAAAACGCCUGGGAGUCAAGCACUUGUGAAACUGAAGGAACGUGACAGCACACUGCAAGACUUUAAAGUGCCUACCGCUGGGGCAGUGCGCAAGAAAACCAAACAGAAGAUACUAACAGAGGAAAUGUACAUUGAUGAGCUUUCCAAAAUUAUACAACGUGACUUCUUUCCACACUUGGAUAAAUUGCGUGCACAAAAUGACUACCUCGAUGCGAUGGACCGCAAAGAUUACGCACAAAUGGAGGCCAUACGUGCCAAGUAUAGUGGGCGCAGGCCCACCGAUCGAGGCUCCAUGUCGCCGGCCACAUUUGAGACACCAGCAAGUGCAACUGGUAUUAUGACACCGCGUCUUGAGGGCAGUGGUGCUGCCUCGGAUACACCGAAGUCAGCUAUAUCCAGCUGCUCGAAAGCGUCAAAAACUGGAACGGAACCAAAGUCUGUAGCGGAUAAGCAUUCAUUGGAUUCUUUUCUGCAGCAUUACACAAGCGAAGAUAACCAUAGUUUUCAAGAAAUUAUCGAUACUGCCGAUGAAAAACUACGACAAAAAUUUGCUGUACUGUAUAAUGAAGAAAAACUGUCGGCUGAUAAGUUGGCGCGGGCGUUAACGCUACCAUCCAUUCAAAAGCAGUUUGAGGAACCAGAUCCAUUGCGAAAGAUUGAAACAUGGAGCUACACAAACAAAAACUCUAUUAUGUAUAUACCUGAUGGUGUAGAACUUACUGAAAAGGAACGUGUGGAAGCUGCCAAGCAGCGGGAAAUAAUACAGCACAGUGCCACACGACUUAGCAGUAAUCCUUUUGUUGAGCCUGCUACUCCUAAAUCAAACAAUGAGUUAGCUAAAAACCAAUCUCAGGCGCUAAUUAAUAAAAUUGGACUAGAUGGUAAUGCCAUAACGCUAGGUGAGGAAGGCGAGGGGCCGCAGAUUCGUGGGUUUAAUUUAGUGAAGACGCCAUCACCACGACCAGGGGAAGCGUUUUCACCGCUCAUGACAUGGGGAGAAAUCGAAGGUACACCCUUUCGACUCGAUGGUUCUGAUACGCCAGUACGUCCUAAUGUAGGACCAGCUUUCACCAUCACCGAAAAUUCGCGACGUGAAAACAUUGCGAUCGCGUUGGCAGAAAAAGUGGGUGAAAAGAUGCGUGCACAGAAGCAAAGGGCGGCUGACACAGCACGUAAGAAUAUCAACUCGCCUUUCAUACGUUCGAACAUGGAACGCUUGGCUUCAAUGUCACCGGCGGCAAGACGUUUAGCAACCUCUAAAUUAGGCAUAGGCACAACACCAAUUAUGCCCACGCCGCAGCGGACACCUGGAGCAGUAAUGCGGAGGGCCAAACCAACAUCGAAAGCUAUGAAUUCCCGCAAAACGCCAGCGGGUAGUGCAAGCACAAGCACCUCAGCACCGAACACACCAAAACAGAUCAGUAGCGGAAAGUCCACACUCACUGAUGAUCUAUUGAAAAUUCCUACGAAACGAUUGCGAGCAUCGGAUUUCUUUUAAAUGGAGAGAUAUUUUGGUAGAUUAAGAGAAGUGAGUUUGGGUGCAUUCCGAAACGUCAAAAUACAAAGUAUCAGUUUCUUUUAUUUCAAAAUUUCAGUAGAUUGUAAUGCCAAAAUGUGGGCAACCACGUUUUCAACUAGGUUGCGCAGGUUAGACUUUUUCUUCUAGUGCGGGUUGGAAAAAAAGAAACUGAUGCUUUGUAUUUUGACGUUUUGGAAUGCACCCUUUGUUUAGUUACUAGCGCUUAUGGAAGCAGCCAAAUUUUUACACAAUCGCACAAAGAUGUGAGUAUAUGCAUUGGCAUAUUGAUGGUUGUUGGUAAAAUUAUAACCAACUAAAAAGUAUGUAGCAAUAGUUUUGCUAAUAUGUAGUUAUAACAACAAAUUAAUUUGUAGCGCAAUAAAAAGUAUCCAUAUAAAAUUAAAAAAAAAAACAUUCGCAAAUACAGUAGUACAUAUUAUGUAUCUGUACAAAAGCAAAUUGUUAAUAAUAAUAUAUUGGUAUCAAGUUCAAUAUCAGUUGCGGAAUUCACAAGGGUGUCUUUAGCGUGGUAUUGUUGUGUGUCGUA